CUACGCCAACCACAAUGUGGUAGCCUGGCUUGACGUUUCCUUUUCUCUCGCCUAACUCCCCACCGUGUGCUAGGAUGUUACGGGCUGUCCUCACUGUUCCGGCUCCAUAUUGGCCUUCGUUGAUCACCUCACAAACUCGUCCUAGGCUCCCAGGCCCUAGCCACGGAUCAGUGUGUCUUCUCCAAAGUCAUGUCAGGGGUCCUUCAUGCAAUUGUAUUCCAUGCCAGUCGACUGUAACUAUGGCUUCAGCUACCGUAGUAUGGUCCAUGUAGAUGUGUAUCAUCUAUAUUAUAUUACUGUCCCUCAAUCAUGUCCUUGCACUUUCAACCUCUGUCAUUUCACUACCUCGUGUGCUUGGACAAGUUCCGUUCAUUCGGACAGUGUCUUCUAAACUUACUAAUGCCAGACCGAACCUGAGAUAUCUCAUAGACACUGCACCAUGGAAGAAAAAUUGCCUCGUCUCAGAAGAUCUACAGGCGUUCUAUGUAGAGCAGUUGCCGUGGCCGUCUCAAUAGGAGCCUUGAUCCUAUAUCUCAUCAUCUUGAACAAGUACAACAAGCGUGAGGAUACUGCUGUUUCGACUGCGCCAGGACGAGAUCUUUACAAAUAUCUGCCAAUUGGAGGCUUGAGUCUGUCACUCAUAUUGAAUGGGUUCAGCCUGAUAUCCUUGGAGGUCCGAGCCGCACAGUGGAUCUCGAAACGCACUCGCAACGCCGUCGACGUCUUCGCUGCAAUUGAAGUGGCCGCACUAGGAUAUGUUAGCUUUGUCUAUAGUCUGGUCACCGAAUGGCAUGGCGGUAUAAUUGGAGGUGAGGAGAAAAUCCUUCAGGUUGUGGCAUUGACAUUGUUGUCUUUAACUGGCGCUGCACAUCUACUUUUCUUCUGCUACGACUGCGCAGCUCACUUCUUUCCCCCUACGCUGCGACGGGACGAACCAGAGUCUUGGCUUGGUCAAAUGCGAUCAUACUCAAGUGUCGCUGAAAAGGCCAAGUCCCAGUCACAGGUGUCAGAACUUUCGAUUGACUCCUCAUACCAUCGAGCUUUCGAUCUUCGCCGAAGUAGCUCCAUACAGUCAUCGAGAUCUAUCGAUAUCGAGAUGGUAGUAAAGCCACUCUCAGUUCACCGAAAAUCAGGCAGAACCGGCUCAUUGUACAAAAAGUCAAACUCGUUCGUCCGCCCUGUAAGGGUACCCGGAUCGGUAGAAGUCCCAGACUACGUUCCCAACGGCUUUGUCACGGUGCUAGGCAACAAUGACUCAAAGGACGACGAGACCCAACCGCUCUCUCACACAUCCACGGCCUUAGGCACACCGGCGACCGGUCUCCCAGCCGAAAUUCCAGUACACGCCCACACCCGCUCCUUCAGCUGCACAUCCCACAGCCCAGUCCCCAUUGUGAGGCUCUCUCGUUCUCGCUCCACAAGCUCGCCUACGAGUCUCUCCUGUCAGUUUCCAAAAUCUCCUCUUAUCGCUAUACCUCCUGCAAAUUCUUCUUCACUCAAACGAAUGGCAACACCGCCGAUCGCAGAGCACCCCGCAUUUCAGCACGAUCGUGAUGCAGACAUACCAGACCCCGAGCGGAAGCCUUCACCUGGUUUCAUAACGACCAGGUGGGGAGUAAAUACAUAUCAGGACCGAGGCACGUUCGUCCCGUCGCUCCAAGAGCAGGGCAAUCCAUUUGGCGAUUACCCCCUUGCUGUGUCGGGAAGUCGGGCGAAGAAGUUCAUUAUGCCGUGAUUAACGAGUUGGGGGAGGAAGUGUAUAUACCCACGAAUAGUACAUAUAUGAGUAUUCACUUUCUCAUUGCGCUUAGUUUAGCGAGUCAUCCUUUGUUCAUAGGCUUUCGAGGUCAUAAGUAUCUGUUAGACGAUUGUGAGGAAAGAAAACACAGUUGGAAUUCAUGCGACGUCCAC